AUGACACCAGGGAAGGAGAGGGGUGAAUUAAGGUUAGGGGGUAGAGAGGAAGAGCAGCGCCCCCCUGAAGCCACGGGAGAGGAAGAGCAGCGCCCCCCUGAAGCCGCGGGAGAGGAAGAGCAGCGCCCCCCUGAAGCCGCGGAAGAGCAGCGCCCCCCUGAAGCCGCGGGAGAGGAAGAGCAGCGCCCCCCUGAAGCCGCGGGAGAGGAAGAGCAGCGCCCCCCUGAAGCUGCGGGAGAGGAAGAUGGGUAUGAUUUAAGCUUGGAUGAAAUGAGAGCUUUGACAGUUCAGAGAGUGAGGUUUGCCAUGGGUCUACCUCUGUUAAAACGUGCAGUUCAGGAUCUGGCAGAGAAAAACAAAGAAUUUUGUCAGCCGAAGCCUCGUCCUAGGAGAAGUUCUCUCCAUGGCGGACAUGGCCACAGGAGUGAAGGGCCCCACUGUUUCAUCGUUCUUGUCCGGGAUGAAAAUGGAAGCUUGUACCCAGGAGUGACAGCUAUUGAUAGGAUGUACAAGGAGGGUCUGCAUGGUGUGGACAAUGGGAUGGUAAUAUUUGACAAGGUUCGGAUACCCAGGGAGAACCUGCUGGAUAAGUUUGGUUCCGUGGCUCCAGACAGACAGUACCAUUCCCCUACGAGGAACAAGAGCGCAAGAUUCAGUGCCAUGCUGGCAGCACUGACCCCUUCGAGAUUAGCUGUGGCUUUCCAAGCUAUGGGUGCCAUGAAGCUUGGGUUGACGAUAGCCGUUCGCUAUAGCCGUAGUCGGAGGCAGUUUGGGCCCAAAACCAAGGAGGAGGUGAAGAUCGUUGAGCACCAAACGCAGACCCUGUGGCUGAUGCCCCCCCUGGCCACAGCCUUGGCCCUGACCUUUGUCAGCAGGUAUGCCGGGGCCCUCGUGGAUAAGGAUGUCUUCCAGGGAAAGGAGCUGGUCAACAGUCACUCACUGCAGGCUCUGGUGGCGGCGCUGAAGGCCUACAGCACCUGGGAGAACAUCUGCUGCCUGCAGGACUGCCGCGAGUGCACUGGAGGCAUGGUUGUGGGGCGGGAACUGCUGGCCCAAUACACCAAACAGUAUGAAGAAAAACCACUCUUUGGUCUGCUCCAAAACUGGGCUGAAUCUGUGGGGGACAAGCUGAGAACAAGUUUCCUGGCAUUUAACAUGGACACAGUUGAUGAUCUUGCCUUUCUGUUGAAAGCAGUGAAAUUUCGUGAAAGGGUUCUUCAGUGGGGUUUGGUGACCAGAAUUUAUUAUAAGGUAAAGACCAAGAAGGAGGAUUUUUUCCAUGCCUGGAACUCGUGUCUGCACCACGUGGCUUUUCUGUCCCUGGCACACACUCACCGAGUUACCUUAGAGCAGUUCUCCCUGGCAGUGAAGAGCUGUCCUGACCAAGAGGACCAGACUUUGUUAAUGAAGUUUUGUCUGUUGUAUGGAACCAAGUUGGUGUUUCAGGAGCGGGCCUGGUAUUUAGAACAUAAAUACUUGACUCCCGUGGCCAGCCUGAGGAUCAGGAAUCAGGAGAGAUGCUGAAACACAAACAGGUAUAAGACUCAGUCUCCACUUAAAGGGAGCUCAUAUCCAAGGACACAAAACCAACUUUAAAAACAUAAAUACUGGCCAGGUGUGGUGGCUCAUGCCUGUAAUCCCAGCACUUUAGGAGGCUGAGGCGAACAGAUCUCCUGAGCUCAGGAGUUCGACUCCACCUUGGACAAAAUGGUGAAACCCUGUCUCUACCAAAAUACAAAAAAAUUAGCUGGGCAUGUGCCUGUAGUCCCAGCUACUCGGGAGGCUGAGGCACAAGAAUUGCUUGAGCCCCGGAGUUGGAGGUUGCAGUGAGCAGAGAUCGUGCCACUGCACUCCAAUUUGGGCUACAGAGUGAGACUCCAUCUCAAAACAAAACAAAACAACAACAACAACAACAGCAAAACACACACACACACACACACACACAAAUACUCUCACAGGGGCAUGGAGGUUUUCAAAUGAACUUGGCCAUAAGAAUAAAUUCAGAGUUGACAGAACAGAUGUCUUAGGAAUAAAUGCCAUUCUUAUGCUAGACCUUGAAGAAUAGAAAAUUAAGAGGUGGUGGCCCAAUUGAGAGGGGAAAAUGCAGUUGAAACUUCAGACAGGGUUGAUAAAGGGAGGAAGAUCAUAGAAAUGGAGUACUUAGACAUAUUAAUAAAUAAUACAGACUUUACCUGUCUAAAGGCAAACCUGGAGAAGUCUUCAGGAAUCAGACUACAGUGGACCCUGGAGAACCUGGAAGAACCUUUUUCCUUUUCAGGAAAACAGAGAAAAGUAUAUGUAAUGAUGCUACAGUAAUGUAUUUCUGUAUAACAAAUGACUCCAAACUUGUGACUUAAAACAACCACCACGUAUUAUUUGUCUUGGUCCAUUUUUUGCUGCUGUAACAGAAUACCAUAGACUGGGUAAUUUAUAAGGAAAAGACAUGCAUUGCUUACAGUGCUGGAAGAUGGAAGGUCCAAGGUCGAGGGGACCACGUCUGGCAAGGGCCUACGUGUAGCACCAUCCUAUGGAAGGGAAGAGCAAGAGAGCGUGAAAGCAAGAGAGAAGGAAGGGAGGGGUUGAACUUAUCGUUUUAUUAGGAAACACUCCUGAGAUAACAGCAUUAAUCCAUUCAUGAGGGCAGAGCCCUCAUGGCCUAUUCACCUUCUAAAUGUCAUCUCUCUCAUCACUGUUGCAUUGGGGAUUAAGUUUUCAACACAUAAACUUUGGGGGACACAUUCAAGCCACAACAUCAUUUCUCAUGAUUUUGCACUCUAGACAGAGUUCAGCUAUUAACAGACAGUUCUGCUCCAUGUGGUGGCUGCUGGGGUUAGGGGUUCAAAAUGACUUCUUCACUCUUAUGGCUGGCACCUCAGCUAGGAUGACAGGAAUAGAUGGGCAAUUGUCUCCUUCCAUGUAGCCUAGUUUGGGCCUGUUCACAGUAGGGUAGUUUCAGGGUGGUCGAAUGUUUUAUUUGAUGGCUUCCAGGAAGGAGAAAGUAGAAGAUGCCAGUCUUCUUAAAGGAUAGGCCAAGAACUAACAGUGUUACUUCCACUGAAUUCUAUCAGUCAAAGGAAGUCACAGUGCCAGCACAGAUUCAGAGCUGGAGGAGACACUUUACCACUUGAUGUGAGGAGUACAGGUACAUGCUGGGAAGGAAAGAAUUGAUGGCAGCUAUCUUUGAAGACUAUUUCCCACAAAGAGAGUGCCCACUUUGGGAAGAUGGAAGACUACUUUUUAAUUAGAAAAAAAAAAAAAAAACUACAUAAGGGAAGAUUUUAAAUCUGUGCCACCAGGUAUUUCAGUGACACAGAAUUAGAUAAACAAUAUACAAUAUAUCAAAGGAAUAUUUAGUGAAGGAAAUGAACUUUCAUAUAAAACAUUGAAGUGCUUUUGUAUUUUUUUUUAUUUUUUUUUUAAG